AUGGCGGAUCUCGUGGCGGAUUGCGUUGCGCUUUCGCGCAAAGCCGGUUUCCCAUACGUCCUGAGAAUGACUACAAUCACCUCUGGUCACCUGAAAGGUCAGACCGUCAUCGAAGUGAUAGGAUCGACGGGAUUCCGCUUCCUCGAUCUCCCGAUUGAGCUCCGUGACCGCAUCUACCGCCUCAUCUUGAUCCAGUCCGAACCAAUCUUACUGUCGGCUCUCAUCAGCCUGAAGUCUGGGACCAAGCUGUUGUCGAGUAAGAGGUUCCCAUAUGACCCUCACGACCAUCGGUAUAAGUCAGUCAAAUGGUCCUGUGGCCCACAAAGCUGGCUCAGUCUUCUCGCUGUCAGCAAACAGAUCCAAGCAGAGGUCGCUCCGAUCGCCUACGGCGCCAACACCUUCAAGCAGGAUUCCUCCACCGCGCUGAGCCAUUUCGCGCCCAAGAUCGGCUCGUUCAUUCAGCACUUGGCUGUGGUCGACUUUGGACAGAGCUGCACUUGGGUCAACAUCAGACGCACGCUCAACGACUUGAAGCAAGCCAAGGGAUUGCGCAAGCUGAUCUUCGAAGAGGGGAUGCUUUUGCACGCUCUGUUCAUGGUCGCUCGCAAGGACGAUCACCAGAAAAUGGCGGCGAUCAUGUCGAAAGACCUCAGCGACCUCCUGAUGGGUCUUCAGGUUGCCUACAAGGCCAGUGGUCGGACUUGGAAGGCAGCGGACGUUCCGUGCCUUCGUUCUGACGAAGAGUACCGUGGUAAACCGGGCAGCCGGGCAGAGAUGAAGACGAUCACCUCUUUGCUAAAGCUGUCGUCAACACUUGCUUCGCAAUUGAGACUCGUCAUGAAUCCAAUGCUGCUUAUCCACAUCUCCGUCACAAUGAGCAUCGACACACUACGACGCAUCAUGGACUUGGGUCUGCAUCCUGAUGAGUGGGACACGAUGGACGAUCUCCUGGAACUGCUCCGCGAGGACACUCCCGCCGACUGGCCCGUGUUGAUGGUGCGGCCGGAUGGCAAGCAGAUUUUCGCCUGGAAGAAGAACCCACCGUUCCCAUUCCAGGAGUUGCCACCAGAACUUCGCAAUGAGGUGUACAGACUCGCUGUCCCCAAGCCACGCACCAUCGACAUCUCGGCCUACGACCCGGCUGAAGGUCCAGUGGUAAUCACGACCGGCAAAAACGAUCACAGCGCCCAUCGUCGACGAUCGGAUCGGAAGCAAAGACUCAAGACAUCCAUCAAUGUACUUCUGAUCUCCAAGGGAAUCUCCCAAGAAGCUCUGAAAGUUCUCUACGCAGCCAACUGUUUCGCGCUAUCACGCAACUACGACACACGCGCAUUUGUGAGAUUCCUGAAAGUCAACGUCAACCAUAUCACGAUGAUCGACUUAGGCGAUCCCACAUUGCGAAUGCUCGGAGCUUCGCUCGAGCAUUUGGAGGUGGCCAUCCACCUGCGCAAAGUGUACCUUCACUCCGAUUUUGUCCUGAAGCCCAACAGCUAUGGAAAGGGCAAGCUGUCAGGUGUUUGGUCAGAUCAAGACAUUCCUGGAAGUGCAGCCACUUUCUAUCGCGCCGUCCGUACCUUUCUUGCGACCAAGAAGACGUCCUUCACCUACCACCAGCUUUCUCACAAGGCUCUUCGCAUCUUCGAAAUACGACCUGCGGAUUCCAUCUCUCGGACGACCAGAUUGCGCCAUCGGCAGCUGCAGCAGGUUCAGGUCUCAGAACAGAUCUCAGAGCCUAGACUCUCGGACGAAGAGAAAGUGGAGCAAUUCAUGGCGUCUUUCCGUCGGGCUGCGAACAAGGAACUCAAAGACGAGCCAAUCGACCAUGAAGAAGACACCGGUCACCAUUCGGCCAAGAGAUCUGAGAUGGCCAAGAAGUGUUUGAGUCUCCUCAUCAUGGCUGACUCAAGCGGCGGCAAAAACAUCCUCGACCUGCCUGUCGAAAUCCGCAUGGCCAUCUACGACUACCUCCUCACCGAAGAAAAGCCAGUUGAGAUUGACGUCAUCCACCGCCGCAAGAAGUGCGACGAACUGAUCAGACAUGGUCGCCAGAACAAGCGCGACUGGAAACACCGCUUCAAGAAAUGGAGCAGAGCCAAGAACCAGUUCGUCACAAUUCCACCGAUCAACACCGCCAUCCUCUUCGUGAAUAAGCAGAUCCAUGCGGAGGCUGUCCAGUCUCUCUACGGUAGCAAUUGCUUCAGCUUCUCAGGAACGACCGGUCUCAAGCAAGCGGUUGAGCUGCUCGGCGACCACGCUCAGUACCUCCGCUACAUCAAUAUCGACGGAGGCUACGCUCGAACCACCAUCCGCUCGGCUCUCAAAGCACUCACGGUUGCGAAAUGUCUCAAGAGAAUCGAGCUGGGCCAUCGCGACAUCAUGGGAGGCAAAUACCACCCCGACGAAAUAGCCACGCACUUCAAGACUUUUUUGCAGAAGCUCCGAAGUUCCUACGAACAACGCAACUUAUCUUCGAGCGUGCUAGAUGUGGUCAAGAUCUCGAGCGAGGACACCAUGGGCAGGAGGUGUCGCUAUCGCCGGUGCUCUUCAUGCGGGAGGUGGUUCCAAGCCAACUUCAAAAACGCCAUACAGGAUGGCUGUCAGUGCGGAUCCGCGGCGGGCCCCGAAGCAGCUAUUCGCUCUGCCAUUGCCAAGUCACUGAAGAUGGAGGGAUGA